AUGGUCUACAAUUCGUUGACUGACAUUCCUCGCAACCUCAAGGAGGGUAUUGACUGGUUGAUAGCCCUGAAGGGAGAUGAUGCGAAAGAGAACCUGGCCGCUAUGGGUGACGCAAUUCACAAGUUCCUUGCAGAUAAGCCUGUUGGAAAGAUGGAGCUUCCUGCUCUAGAGAAGGUAAAAAGCAUUUCUAAGGAGUUCCUGGAGAAACCGGAGCUUAAAUGCCGAUGGCCCAUAAAAAACAUGUUGGAGAAGCUCUAUAAGCCUAUGAAUAAAAACAUUAGUGGGUGUGCAAAGUUCUUUCGCAAUGUCGAUGAAAGCGAUUAUAAGAACGUGUUGAAGGCUAGGGGUGUGAAACCUGAAGACAUCUCAAAGGAUCUACGUAAAGUUGUGCAUGGUACUGAGACGUUCCUGGAUGAUAUAAAAAACCCUGACCAAUACAAGUCUGCUUACAGUUCCGAAGCGACGUGGGAGGCAUCAUGUGCAAAAGACCCGGAAGCUUGUGCAGUGGUCCUGGUGGGAAUUGCACCAAUGUUGUUCGGAGGCCUACGUGCUUUGAGGGAGGCGAGUCAUGAUGAAUCCCAUAUAUUUUCGCGGUCUAAGAACAAAGGCGUUGUGGGAAGUGUAUUGGAAGCUUUGGGUUACAAUGUGGCGGAGCGCCGCCCUAACAUGAGUGGUUCAUAUGUCUUCAAGGCAGUGGAAAAUGUGAAGCUGAAAAUGUUGAUCACACUCUACGACCUCGCUGGACUUUGGGCUUUCUAUUGA